UGUACUUCAACAAAGCUAUAGUGUCAACUUCCUUCUUGAUAGCUGAAUUUACCAAAAUAAUUGUAUAAAUAAAUUGUUAGCCAUGAUAACAUAUUUACAAAUCGUCCACAGGUGAAAUGUCAACAAUGCCUAAUGAGAAAUGUGACUGCACAUCAAGGGGUUGCACAGCAGGUUCUGUAUUCGCCGGACUUAUUGUGGGGAUCCUGCUGACGUUUCUUAUCCUCCACGGCAAGUGGAACUGGAUCAAGAAUAAACUAUUUGGUAGGUUUUUUCGUAAACCAAAAGCAGUUUCUAAUGCAGCGUACGAGCCAGAUUUUCAUUUCGACCCGAGUGCAAGUGAAUUGCGUGAAAAAGACAGUCCAUACACGAACGUUGUAAUCAAUUCAGAGCAUGCAGUGGAGAUUGUAGAACAUCCAGUAGAUGAAGAAAAUGCGGGGCAGGAGGAGGUCUACGCUGUCAGUCUUAAGAAGUCAAUGAAACAACAAUCAGGGUUGUCCGGGGAUAUGGUCCAGAAAAUCGCCAGUCUUCAUGGUAACAAAAUAAUAGCGAGGAAAUCAGAGGAAUUCGAGGAUUUUGUGGACAUAGAAAAGAAAUCAGAUGAACACAUGGCGGCUUCCCGCUCUGCAACUCUUCCAGUAUUUACAAAAAAGGGUCAAUUUCCGGGAACGUCCAUCCUAAAGGACGACAAAAAGACAUCUCUAGGAAGAAACAGCAGUAAAGUGAAAAGUAAAAAAGGUGCCAAAACAGUCAGCAUCUCAGAAAACAAUGAACCAAAUAAGCCAGAAGAAAAGGAGGACUUAAUGGCAACAAAACCGGCUUUUGUGAUGACAGAGGCUUCUCCUAACGGAGAGUAUUUUGUUUUAGAUAAGAGCUUUUGUUGAAGAAAAAAUAUACAUUUGUUUAUGCAUCAAGU